AUGGAGCUUAUUGAGGGAGCCUACGCUAACCACGUAAAGCUGAGGGAAGAGAUCCAACUGCUCGCGUCAAAUAAAGAUCUUGCACGAUUUGUGACCAUUUCCGGCUUGGAUCUUCAGAGCAUCUCGUUUGAAUCGUGCAAGGAGAUUCUAUCGAAGCGAUCGGGAAAAUACCUAUUACAGCGUAGCAAAAACGAUAAACCUUUCCCGGUAUAUUGCGAACAGACAGCUUUCGGAGGAGGUUGGUUAGUGUUCCAGUAUCGUUACGAUGGAUCGGUGGACUUUUACCGCAACUGGACCGAGUAUCGGAAUGGGUUUGGCAGCAUGGAUGGAGAAGAGUUUUGGCUUGGGCUGGAGCAUUUGCAUCGCGUGACAACAGCCCGAAAGCACGAGCUGAUGGUGGAGCUGAAAGACUUCGAUGGAAACUACAUAUACGCACGGUACGAUGAGUUCGCGAUUGGCAGUGAGGAUGAACAAUAUCCACUAAUGAAGCUGGGAUCGUACACGGGAACGGCAGGAGAUGCAUUGAAUUACCACAAGGAUAUGAAGUUUUCAACGGACAAGGAUCGGAUUUUGACAGCAACGUCCGAGCACACCUGGGAUAUGGUGCCCUCCUAA